UCAAUCGGAACGGCAAGCAAUUGUUUCCACCCGGGAACAGCACACACUUGCCAGGACAUUCCGGACCGUUGUGGAUUUGUGUGUGUUUGUGGAGAGCAAUUGUUAGUGUGACGGUGCAGUUUACUUGAGUGAAAGUGUGUGAUUCGAUAAUGAACGAUCAAUAGGGCAAAAAUUGUACUCACGUCUAUACAGCAGGACAGCAGGACAUUCUAACAUCUCUGGUGUCGUUAUCCUUUCUUCAUUUUCUGUGCCACAGGACUACAUCACCAAGAGUCCCCUCCAUGAACGACAGCAGUGGCGUCGGUGGUGGCAAGAUGUCAACCGGUGGUGGUCCCGGUGUCCUGUGCAAGGUUUGCGGCGAUCGGGCCUCGGGCAAACACUACGGUGUGCCUUCCUGCGAUGGUUGCCGUGGUUUCUUCAAGCGCAGCAUCCGUAGAAAUCUGGAGUACGUAUGCAAGGAGGGCGGCAAAUGUGUGGUGGACGUAUCGCGACGCAACCAAUGCCAGGCCUGCCGAUUUGCCAAGUGUCUGCAGGCCAACAUGCGCCGGGAAGCCGUCCAACAUGAACGAGCGCCAAGGAACUGCACACCACUAGCUGCCACCGUAAAUGGGCUUUCCGCGCACGGCGAUUACUACGCAGCUCGGACAUCCUUCGCCCUUCCCCAGACGAACCUGUUUUUCCCCCUUCCAUUGCAUAUCACGGCCGCAACGGCAUCCGGCCCUUUCGCACCACUGGCCGAUCCGGGCCGAUUCCUUUCGCCGUACGCAGCCCAAUCGCUUGCUGCUGCUGCUGCGGCCAGUUCGACCAACUUUGAGCACCAUUUUUCCGCACCGACACCAAGGACCACAGUCACCCCGACGGCUUUCCAACCCACUGGCGCCGGUUUACCGCCCGGGUCGGGCCUGUUACAGGUACCGAUUCCAUUGCCCACUUCGACGACGGUGGGAUCAAAGUCGGGUUUAGCGAACGAUCAAGUUGGGACCGUAACCAUCACGGAGUCCAUGUUCAACAGUAUCACCGGCGAUUCGUUGGCCCUGCCGGCUCCACCACCAAUCCAUUCGAUCAGCUCCAUUCUAAGCCUCAGCUCGGCCAAGGAGAACGAGGUUAGCAGUACGGGCGAGGAAAGUCCACCAAGGUCGGCCGGUGGUCAACCGUACCAACAUCAGCUACUGCUUUGCCCGACCGGAAAUGGCGGUCCGCCGGUACAGUGUGGUGGCAAAAGUGAAACGGACAUGCUGCUAGAAUCGGCCGCAAAGUUACUGUUUUUGGCGGUAAAGUGGGCAAAAACGGUGCCGUCCUUUCUACAGCUUCCGGCCAACGAUCAAAAGCUGCUGCUGGAGGAAGCAUGGGCAGAGUUGUUCGUCAUCACGGCAGCACAGUGGGGACUGCCCAUCGACAAUGAGUUCAUCGUGCGGAAUCCACAGGCCGUGAAACUGCAGAGUGCCAUCCAGCAGUUUGGUGUCGCACGCGUAGACUAUCGGGAGGCAGCCUGUCUGAAAGCGUUGGUGCUGUUUCGACCGGAUCAACCACGAUUGUACGCAGCGCACGAGGUGCUACUGCUGCAAGACCAGACCGUCGCCCUGUUGCACGAAAAGUGUGGUGGUGUGCGGCUGGGCCAUCUGCUGCUACUACUUCCGGCCAUCAAGGCAGCAGCCAACGCGAAAGUACUGCAGGAGAUGCUGUUCCGCAAGACGGUCGGUGAGGUGGCAAUCGAGCGGCUCCUGAUUGACCUGAUGAAGACAUAGCACCUAGCGACUUAAUCCG